CUCAGCUGGUAACUGAGCAUGCUCCGGGGUGGAGGCUGCACCCAUGGAGCGCGAUGGAUUUGUGGCUGGAGGAGCCAUAGGCCUGGAGCCGGGAGCUGGACGGAGCCCACGGACGGGGACGGAGCGAACAGUGCUGAGUAAGGGAGAGACAAGGAAAGACGCCUGCAUGAAGACUGAGCUGCUGAAAGAUAUCACCAACAACAAGGAGGAAGGGUUUAAUGCCAUGGCUGCAGAUGAAAGCGCUACGGAAAAGCAAGCGGGGGAACCAAAAAUGGCAGUAGACGGUGAAACCAACGGUUCCUGUGAGCACAGCGAAGCUGGGAGCCACCCGAACCCAGCUAAAAACACUCAGGACAAUACGAAAGUGAGCCAGCAGGACUCUAGUACUAAAUUAAAUAGGAUAGCAGAAAACGGCAUUUCUGAACGAGAUGGCGAGACUGGGAAGCAAAACCAUAUGAAAGCUAAUGACUUCACACAGACUUCUGUAACGGGGAGCAAUGGAUAUAUUCUCACCAAGCAGAUGGCACAGGAGCAGCCUCUAAGGACUACCAGCACCUUUGCUUCUCUCACCGGCCAUGCUGCAAAAACCCUUCCAGGAGGAGCAAGCAAAGGGAGAACUGUGGGCUCCUUUUCUCAGAUGCAAGCCACGAUGCCAGCCAAGCUCGGGGAGGGCAGUAAGGACAUGGAUGCUAAAAAAGCCACCGCUGCUAACGCUGAAGUCAAGGUCCACAGAGCACGGAAGACAAUGCCUAAACCCACCCCUAGCCUGGAGUUCCUUCCUGAAUUGGGAUCGAAGCUGAAUCUGAAACAGCAUGCAAGUAAAGACCCCAAAGAUGGGAGAGACAGCAGAGAUCAAAAAGAAUCCAAGGAGGAAGGCAACAAAAACAUCCUGGAGUUUGGGAAGCCGUUGCCGUUGCCCUCUCUCCCGGGCCUUCACCAGUCACUACCUCAGAACCAGAGCUAUGUGGCCACCACGAAGUCGCAGACGGGUAAAAAGGCUGCUGCAGUAUCUCGGAAGAAAAAACGGAGAAUGGGAACCUAUAGCCUGGUUCCCAAGAAAAAGACCAAAGUGUUAAAACAGAGAACAAUGAUUGAGAUGUUUAAGAGCAUAACUCAUUCCUCUGCGGGUGCCAAGAGUGAAAAGGACCUGGGUGAUGCCAGCCCUCACGUGAACGGGGAGAGCAUAGAUGUAGACUCUGAAGAGGAAGACUCGGAUGAGUUGGAAGAGGAUGACGAUCACGGAGCAGAGCAGGCAGCUGUGUUUCCUGCAGAUGAUAACAGGACCUCUAAAGACAGCGCGUCCGACGCAGACAACACCCGAAAGAUUGAUGAUGUCGAGUCUGAGGAGGAACAGGAGUCAGGAGAGUCUGUGGAGGAGGAGGAGGAUGGAGAUGAGUCUGACUUGUCCUUAAGGCCUUUUUGCACGACUCGAGCUGGGAGAAGGCUCUCUCGCAUGGGCGCAAGGGACUGCUGGGACGCUGAUGCCAACAUGCCUUACAUGCACGUGGCCUCUCUGGUUAUUCAGAGCUCGGAGUCCAGCAUCAAGAAGAAGCUGCUGAAGAGGAAAGGAAAGACAGACAGUCCAUGGCUGAAACCCACCCGCAAGAGGAGACGGAGGAAUAAAAAGAAACAAGCCAGUGUGUUAGGUGCCGAAGCCUAUAAACCAUCCUUGGGAGGCCGAGAGGGCCCCGGGCAGGAGAACAGCAUGGAGUACAUGGAGGUGUCCCUGGAUUCCCUGGAUCUGCGGGUGAAGGGGAUCCUCUCCCAGCCCGCGGGAGGUCUUUCCAAUGGUCCUGAAACAAUGGAAGUAGAUGGUCUCCAGGAAGUCCCCCUCUGUAGCUGUCGAAUGGAAACCCCCAAAAGCAGAGAGAUCACCACGCUAGCCAACAACCAGUGCAUGGCCACAGAGAGCGUGGAUAACGAGCUGGGCCGAUGCACAAACAGUGUGGUUAAGUAUGAACUGAUGCGCCCGUCUAACAAAGUCCAGCUUUUGGUGCUGUGUGAGGACCAUAGAGGGAGGAUGGUGAAACACCAGUGUUGCCCUGGCUGUGGAUACUUUUGCACUGCAGGCACUUUCAUGGAGUGUCAGCCGGAGAGCAGCAUCUCCCACCGUUUCCACAAGAACUGUGCCUCCCAGGUCAACGACAUGAGCUACUGCCCACACUGCGGGGAAGAGGCCUCCAAAGCAAAGGAGGUGACAAUAGCAAAAGCAGACACAACCUCGACGGUGUCCCUGACCUACGAACAGCAGAAACCAGUGGCUGUGGAGGGAAGGGCCGACACCACGACGGGGAGUGGCACUGGGACGCGGUUGUCAGAGGAAGACAAGCCAGAAAGUUCGGCUGCUGAGGGGUUUGACAUGGCUGGGUCUUCAGUUUAUCCAAAGCCUACUACGAGCCUGACCCAGGGACCAGUUAAAGAAACUCUGGAAAGUGCCCUGAUUGCCCUGGACUCUGAAAAACCCAAGAAGUUACGGUUCCAUCCGAAGCAGUUGUACUUCUCUGCGAGGCAAGGAGAGCUGCAGAAAGUCCUGCUUAUGCUGGUGGAUGGAAUUGACCCUAAUUUUAAAAUGGAACAUCAGAGUAAGAGAACCCCUCUCCAUGCUGCCGCCGAGUCCGGCCACGUGGACAUCUGCCAUAUGCUGAUUCAGGCUGGGGCCAAUAUAGACACCUGCUCUGAAGACCAGAGGACCCCACUGAUGGAAGCAGCAGAAAACAACCACCUGGAAACUGUGAAGUACCUUAUCAAAGCUGGAGCACUGGUAGAUCCUAAGGAUGCAGAGGGCUCCACGUGUCUGCACUUGGCUGCCAAGAAGGGGCACUAUGAUGUUGUUCAGUACCUCCUCUCCAACGGGAAGAUGGAUGUCAACUGCCAGGACGAUGGAGGUUGGACGCCGAUGAUCUGGGCCACCGAGUACAAGCAUAUUGAGCUGGUGAAGCUGCUGCUUGCCAAGGGGUCGGACAUCAACAUCCGUGAUAAUGAGGAAAACAUUUGUUUGCACUGGGCUGCUUUUUCGGGCUGCGUGGACAUAGCGGAGAUCCUGCUGGCUGCUAAGUGUGAUUUACACGCCGUGAAUAUCCACGGGGACUCCCCCCUGCAUAUUGCAGCCAGAGAGAACCGCUACGAGUGCGUGGUCCUCUUUCUUUCCCGUGGCUCGGACGUCACUUUAAAGAACAAGGAGGGUGAGACCCCGCUCCAGUGCUCCAGCCUUAACUCUCAGGUCUGGGUGGCCCUGCAGAUGAACAAGACUCUCAGAGAAUCAUCUACUGAGAAGCCUCCCCAGAUAGAGAAGGUCGUGAGCAGAGACAUUGCCCGGGGUUACGAGCGGAUCCCGAUUCCCUGCGUCAAUUCGGUGGACAGCGAGCCCUGUCCGAGCAACUACAAAUACGUCUCGCAGAACUGCGUCACCUCCCCCAUGGACAUCGACAGAAACAUCACUCAUUUACAGUAUUGCGUGUGUAUAGACGACUGCUCCUCCAGUAACUGCAUGUGUGGCCAGCUCAGUAUGCGCUGCUGGUAUGACAAGGACGGCCGACUCCUGCCUGAAUUCAACAUGGCUGAGCCGCCGCUGAUCUUUGAGUGUAACCACGCGUGCUCCUGCUGGAGGACUUGUAGGAACCGGGUGGUGCAGAAUGGGCUCAGGACUCGAUUGCAGCUUUAUCGGACACAGAAGAUGGGCUGGGGGGUGCGAACGAUGCAGGACAUUCCACUGGGAACCUUUGUGUGCGAGUACGUUGGUGAGCUGAUCUCCGACUCUGAGGCAGACGUCCGUGAAGAGGACUCCUACCUCUUCGACCUUGACAACAAGGAUGGAGAGGUGUACUGCAUAGAUGCCCGUUUCUAUGGCAACAUCAGCCGCUUUAUAAACCACCUCUGCGAGCCAAACCUCAUCCCGGUGCGAGUCUUCAUGUCGCAUCAGGACCUCCGCUUCCCCAGGAUCGCCUUCUUCAGCACCCGCCGGAUAGAAGCUGGAGAAGAAAUCGGCUUUGACUACGGGGACAGGUUCUGGGACAUCAAAGGCAAAUACUUCAGCUGUCAGUGCGGUUCACCCAAGUGCAAACACUCGAGCUCAGCGCUGGCCCAGCGGCAGGCGAGCACCUCCUCGCAGGACACGCAGGAGAACGGGCUCCCCGACACCAGCUCUGCCACGGCACCCGGCCCCUUUUGAGGCUCCGCAUCCCCAGAGACUGACUCCUUUUAAACCCUAUAGAUUCACAUACUGUCUGAAUUUCCAUUUAAAGAGAAAAAAAAAAACACAAAAAAAAACAAAAAGAAAAAAAAACGAAAAAAAAAAAACAACCCGCUCAAGGAAAGCCAGGGGUUUGUGACACACUUAGGGCUGUGCCACCGACUGUUACUUGAGGAAUAAGUAAAAGCAUCCCACCUCCGUGGUGGUGUUCUCCCCUCCCCGGGGCUGGAAAGCUGCUGGGUUUCCCAGUUGCUGUGGAGGGGGUGGCUGUGGUUGGUUGUUUUUCCACCCGAGCCGUCCCGGCCCCUGUCUCUCUGAACGUGCUGGGUGUUGUCAGAGCCCGGGGAGAGCCGCCGUCCUCCGCCUGCUGUUAACUGAAUGGAUCCCUCAUGCCAAGUCAUCUCCAGUUCACUUGUAAUAAACUUUGAAUACUUGAUGGGACUUUCUUUCUAAAAGCCGAGGGGGAGGGAGCCAGGGGAGGGGGAGGAAGGUGCUGGCGUUUUGGGUUUGCUUGGCACAGCCCCCGGGGCAGGUUCUGCUGGUUGGUUUGGUUGGUUUUUGGUUGUUUGGGGUUUUUUUGUUGUGUUUUUUUUUUUUUUUUAAAAUCAUGGAUUUCUCCCACAUCUCGCAGGACGUGUCGGUGGGGCCUCUUUCCCCAGGAGCUGGAGGGGCGUUUCUAACAAAUACCCUCCUGCUUAACCAAAUCUACUGGCUUUUUUUUCUUCUUCCGCUGAGAAGAAACCCAAGGUCCUUACGAAUCCCUUUGAUCCCUGGCUCCUUCCUGAGCCCACCAGAGACACUUCCCCCGCCCGGGCCCCCGCUCCCUCCGGGGCUUUCUCCGUGAGGAACCAGCUCUUGGGGCUUUCUCCAUGAGGAACCAGCUCUCGUCCAUGGGGCCGUGUCUCUGUCUCAGUGUUCACUUCAUCCGCCGAAGGAUUUGAAGGAUUUCCCUCCCCCGGCUCUGGAGAGGGAAGGUUGAAGGGGAUUGUUCAAGACACUAACUUCAGAAAAACAGUUGUUUGUUUGUUUUUUUCUCUCUUUUUUUUUUUUUUUUUUAAAUAAAGUGAAUGAGAAAUAUAUAUAUUAUAGAGAACCUCGACUCGCGUCUGCCGGCUGGGGCGAGGAGCAGCCAGGACGUGUCACGGCGAGAAGAUCCCAGAUGCCACCAGCUCGUCUGUUCCCAUCACUUUCCUCAACGCUGGGCACCUUCGAUUCAUUUUUAAGCCACACGCUCUGAGGUUUCAAUAAACUGAAUUUAUUUUUUACCAUUACCGAAACAUUGGGGACUAGCAUUAAAAAGAAAAAGGAAAAAAAAAAAAAAAAAACCCAC